CUGCCUGGGGGAUUAUUUUGGGGAGGGAGAGGUUUUCCUUUUCUUUUUUGGUCUCAUUUUAAUGUCGUGCAUCUGGUAAACCUCUGCCAUGAAGCCUUUGCCCUCUCUGAUGCUUCUGGCCCUGCUCCUGGCACCUUGGGCACAGGGACUGGCCGCUGGCAGGCAGGCUCCUGUGGCGAUGCUGAGGUCCCGCUGUGAUGCUGCCAGCUGCGAUGCUGCCGGUGCUGCCCCGGGGGCAUGUGGAUCCUCUCAGGAAUAUCAGAAGGUUAAACCAGGGUCAGAGUCUCCUUGGAUAUUGACAUACGUGCCUAUAAGAAGCUGCCACAGAGUCCUGAAGGACAAGUAUGGGGAGUUUUCUCCUCUAGCGUACCAUGGUGAUUCCCCCAUAAACUUUUGGUGCAACUGGACAAUCUGGGCAGGCUCCAGAAAGCAUAUAAUAAUUUAUAUUCAGGGCUUUGUCACUAAGGAGGGUUGCAACAAAAAUGAGGACAAAAUCCUAUUUGAAGGAGUUUCUUCACUGGUGGAAAACAGUGUGGUUUAUGCUUGCUGGAAAAAGGAGACGCAUGUUUUUGCCACCUUUGCUCAGGCUGUCCAUGUUGUGUUGCUGAAGAGGUACUUGCCAAACUGCAGAGACACGCAAUUUAAAGGGAAGUACUACAUCUUCCAAGACCAGGAAGGUGAAUCUUCCUCCAAAGACGAUGUGAUUUCUGAAACUCCUGCUCCAAAACUACCAAAGCAAGAUAGUAUUUUUCAAUCUGGAUGGGCUGAAAACCUUAGAGAUGUGCUGGGCUUUGCAACCACACAUAGCACCGUGAGCCUUGGCAAGACCACGGUGUUAAGGGGUGAGUUGAUGCAGGGAAGAGGGAUCACGCUGGGUAGUACAGCUGUGGGAAGUCCUGUUGAGCUUGUCCCAUACGAACAUGUAAGGACACCACUCCUGGAAACAAAAGCUCCUUGUGUGCUGAGGUCUGAGCUGCGAGGAGGUCUGAGAUGCUCCAAGGAAGCUCAAGGCAGAGGAACACCUGAGGGCAUAAUCCCCACUGCAGCACAGGAUACCUGGGGGCAGAGUCUCUCUGUGAGUGGGGACAUCACUGUGGGUUUUGGUUAUACGCACAGGCUUUCAAGUGUGCUUUUGGAAACUCCUUUACUUGGUGCCUUGCAGGUAGCAGAGCCUUUUUUGCAGCCAGCAGUUGUGGGUCUGGAGAACAGCCCGUCUGUCCUGCACCCUACCCUGAGGCCAAAAGAUCUGGGCGACCUACAGUUUACUAUUAAACCAACAUGCACAAGUUGCCUGGACUUGGCUGCACACUCGCAGUCUUUGUCCCCUGGCAGAACAGAAAGCAAAGAGAGCACAGAUACCACCACGUACCGAGGGCUCAGCACAGUCAGCUUAGAGAAGGAUGAAAGCCAUCCCCAGUCAAGCGUCCCAACUGAUGGCACAGCGAGCAGUGAUGCUGAUGGCCUUGCAAAGGGCCUGAUGCCCAGCCUGAGUAGCCCGUAUGAAGUGGUAAACAGGGACCACUCACAUCUGCUACCCAAGAGAAGCCAAACAUGCCAAAGCAGUUUUAGGGAUUUGUCUAUGACUCAACUUGAGCUGGGAACAACUGGCCUCCAACAUACGAAGCCCAUGGAUAUUUCCCCCCUGGAAAGUUUUAGGGAAGUUACCAGGAGGAAAACAGUGCUGCAUCCCACAGCACCAUGGGACAUCCUGCAAGAGCAUCCUCAUUUGCGUGGCCAGAGCAGUCAUGUCCUGCAGUCAGCCCCUACAGAUGCUGGGAGCCUUCCCCAAAAUGCCCAAGACCAUGACUGUCCAGAUGUUGAGAAAACUCAUGUGUCUUCCUUGGGUGAACAAAGCUGCCACCACCAAAGUGACAGAGCUGCACAGCCAGGGCUGGUUGUACCCCCUUUGCCAACAGGGCUGGAGCAUCCUCCCACAGCCAUGUCCGCCCCAGGGACAGAAACAAUCCCUGCACUGGUGGUCUCCUGCACAGAACCUGUCCCUGCAGACUUCAGCUCUACUGAUUUCAUCCCUGAAGUACGUCUUCCUCCGGAAGCAGAGCCUAUCUCCAAGGUGGUCUUCUCUCCACCAGCUGCUUUGGAUUUGGACCCUGCCAGUCUCAGGCGAAGUGCAGGCAUCUCACUGGCUAGCCUGGGAGGACAGGAGAUGGUCUCCCCUUCACCACAUUGCCAUCCAUCAGUAACCGCUGAACUGGGCACAGAUGGGUCUUCCAGAUGCCUUGGCCCUGAGAAGCAAAAUCUGGUGUUGGGGGAGGCAGGUGGCCAGCAAGGAGAAACCUCAGCCUCUGUGGGUUCGAUGGCCAGGGGUCCCUCCCCAGCCUCUGUCACUGUCCCAAGGCCUGGUGUGGGGCUUCCUUUGCCUGAGGACCAUGUGAGCAGUGGCUCUGGGGUGACACCAGCUUCCCUGCCCGGCACCUGGGGGGCGAGGAGAGAGGAGCACAUGGUGCCUGUGCAGCAUCAGGGCACAGCUGCUAGUGACAAACUAGCUUCUGCCUCCAUCCACGGGGGAUUUAAAAUGCAGAAAACCACAGAAGUUCUCCGAGUGGGUGCAGGAGAGCAGAGAAAUGCCUCCUCCAGCAUCACUCCUGCACACCCUGGUCCUCCCAUGGCCCCGUGGGGAGAAACGCUGUUGAGAGGCCAAAAGCCUCAGGAGCCCUCUGAUGUAUCCAGAAACACCCAGAUGCCAGGAGGACAGCAACAGAAACAUGCUGAGCUAGGACCUCCCUGGGCAAUCAAGUACUUCCCCAUCAGGAGCUGCCACCUCAUCUUUCAUGAUGGGUCUGGGAUGUUUUGCCUGCCGCUGCAUGCUGACAUUAAAACCAACAUCUGGUGCAACUGGACCAUCUGGGCAGGCCCCCAGAAGCACAUUGUCAUCUACAUCCAGGGGUUCCAGGGGAGUGACGGCUGCGGCAAGAACCAGGACAAAAUCAUCUUCCAGGGGGUCUCGUCAAGCGUGGAAACCAAAGUGGUGUACGCCUGUCACAACCAAGGCACUCUGAUCUUUGCUACGCAAGCUACCGCAGUCCAUGUAUUGUUUCUGGCAGGGAGUGGUUCCCUAAGCCAUGAAUACAGAUAUUUUAAAGGACAGUAUUAUGUAUUCAGAGACUCUGAAACUGUGGGCUCUUCAAAUGAUACCAUAGGUCCCCAAGAGCCUGUCCAGGAGACCUCUAAAAAAGAGAGCUGGAGGACAGCGGUAACAAAAGGUUUAUUGUCCAUGCUGAGAGCCUCUCCGGGCCCAUCAGCUGCACUUACUGGUGGCAGGAUUCAGCCUGAGCUUGUGAGCCCAGAUGAAGAGGCCCAACACCCUUCUAGUCUCAUGGAAGAUGCUCAGUCUGGUGCUAACCUGAGCAAGCUCGACCUGCGUGACCAUGGUCAGCUGUGGGAUGAAACCAAGCUGGAAAGGAGCCUUAAGGAUGGUGGCACUGAGGGCAGAGAAACCAAAGAUGACGUGUUGGUGGAGCCAGCUCCAGCUGGGCAUAAAGCUGAGCCAUCUGCCUUGGAGAUUGCAAAGGGGGAUGUGGAGCCGGUGUUUGCUCUGGUCACCGUAGCCCCACGUCACUCAGCAGGUGUCCCUCCCUCAGAGGUGCCCAGCAGCAAUGUAGGUGUCUCUGCUAAAUCAUCUAGCCUGGAUCAAGCCAGUGACAGCCUGUCAGAAGAAAUGGUUGCUGCUGCACGUUGCACGCAGACACCAAUGCUGGAAGAGCCACUGCUAAACACAAGUACAAAACCUUCUCUCUCCCUGUCUCCUGGUGUGACUGCUGGAGAUACGGUGUCUCUGGGAGAAAGGACUGAAGAGCUCUUUGAUCUGGUUUCUGCCCUGGCAUCUCUGGAGAAUGACACAGCACUGCAAUCCCAGCACCAUCCUGGAGACGUGCUGUUUGAAGUAACUAUUGAAAUCAAACCCAAGGACUGGAUUCCUCAUGGUGGAAGUGAGCUCCAAAAGGGUCUUCUUGAAUCUAUGAAAAAUCACAUCCAGGAGAACCUGAAACUUUCUGCCAACAGAGUCAAUGAAAUAAAGUUAAAGGAAAUCAAAAGGACGAGCGGUGCCAACCUGCUGCUCACCUUCUGGCUGCACCUGAAGCCGGAGGAGAGGAAUGUGUCUCUGCUCCUGCGCUCCCAGCUGGAGGAGCUGCUCGGCACCUCGGGAGGAGUGGAGAAGCUGCAGCUUGUUUCGCUGUUCGUUGAAGAUGUGAAUGAAUGCAGCGCUGGGGUCGGUCUCUGCGGGGAGGAGGCAGAGUGCUUCAAUGGCAUGGGCACGUACCUCUGCCGCUGCAAAAAGGACUACGAAGAUCAUUCUCCCACCAAGUCUGGCACCCUCUGCAUCCGUGCUACCGGAUCAGGGAUCGGCUUCUUCCUCCGCCAUGCUGACAUCCUGGUGGGGGCAGCCAUCAUGGCUGGCCUGGGCAUGCUGGUGGCUGCUGCUGCCCUGUGCAGGGCAGCCAGGUGGGGACAGCACCCCAGGAGGAACCCGAGCCCUGAGGAGCCCCCAGUGAGGGCUGUGGAGGAGCCGGCGAUGGAGCUGCAUGACCUGGCAGAGUGCCUGCGCCUUGACCCCUUCCAGCUGAAGCUGCGGGCCAGGCCCCCCGAGUGGCUGUGGGGUGCCCGGGCCCACCCUGGCCAGGCAUACCGGGUCUUCCUGGAGCAGUCCCCCCCACUCUGAGGGGGUCCCGGGGCUCCCUCAAACCCCCUGUGGUCCCCAUGACCUGUGCAGUCACUCCUGCCUUCCCUGGCUGACACAAGCCACUGGCUGUGCAAACCCUACUGGUUUGUUUUAUGGACCACUGGUGUGUUUUAUGGACCACGAAUAUCCCACCACAGUCAUCUUCAUCUUGUAAUUUAAUUUUUUUAAUACUCACUCAGCUUGGGAAACAAAGUGCUUGCUCCACACCACUGUAUGUCUUCUCCUGACUUACCCUGCUCAAGAGCUGUGCAGAACUGUCAGCGCAUGGAAAUUAAACACAUUUUUUAAGGAAAAAAGGAAAUAAGAUGUUUUGGUGCUUAAUUUAAGAAAUUAAAAGUUAUUCUGCAUCUGUGCUCAGUGUUGCCUGCUUUCCCCUGCCCCUAAGGCAGAGCUCAAUGGGAAGU